CUGCAACACAGCAGAUUUUGUCUGUUCAUAGUUUUACUCUAGCAAUGGGACCGGAAAAGUCUCAUAAUGAAUGUACGUAGCCGGCGGUGGGUGGGGGUGAACUAGUUUAAGAUCAAAAGAAUCUUGGAACAAGAUUCAUAGCCACUGUACCCAAGGCAACACCCAAACUCUAGAAGAAGACUCUCUCUCUCUCUCUCUCGAGGAGAAGAAAUGAGCAAGUGCUGAAUAUAACAAGCACACGAUCUUCCUCUCCAAUCUAAUAUUAUAGAAAUUUGUUAUGGAGAAAUACGAGAAUUUGGGUCUUGUGGGGGAAGGGAGUUACGGAAUGGUCAUGAAGUGUAGACACAAAGACUCGUCUCAACUUGUGGCCAUUAAGAAGUUUCUGGAAACUGAGAACGACAGGAUGGUCAAGAAAAUUGCACUUAGAGAAGUUAGAAUGUUAAAACAAUUACGUCAUGAGAAUUUAGUCAAUUUAAUUGAAGUUUUUCGAAGAAAAAAGCGACUCUAUCUCGUGUUUGAGUUUGUUGAUCACACAGCAUUGGAUGAGCUGGAUAAGUAUCCUAGUGGAGCUGAUGAAUCAUUAGUGAAAAAGAUAAUGUGGCAAGUGCUUAAAGGAGUUGAGUUCUGUCAUCAGCACAAUGUGAUUCACAGAGACGUCAAGCCAGAGAAUAUACUCAUAUCCAAAAGAGGAGUUGUCAAAAUAUGCGACUUUGGCUUUGCCAGAGCCAUCGCUCCUCCUGGUGAAGCAUAUACAGAUUAUGUGGCAACACGUUGGUACAGGGCACCAGAACUAUUAGUAGGGGACACCAAUUAUGGCAGGGCUGUCGACGUUUGGGCAAUCGGUUGCUUAUUUUCUGAAAUGUUAACGGGAGAACCGCUUUUUCCUGGCGAAUCGGACAUUGAUCAAUUAUAUCUCAUCACUAAAUGUUUUGGUAAUCUCAUUGCUCGCCAUCGUGAAGUAUUCAGUCGGAAUCCUUUAUUCAUUGGUAUGAGACUCCCAGAGGCAAGAGAGAUCCAACCAUUCGAGAGAAGAUAUCACAGACUAUCCCCAGCAGCCAUGGACAUCAUUAAAUGGUCGCUACGCCUUGAUCCAGCUGACAGACCAACCUGUACUCAGUUACUAAAACACGAGUUAUUUCAACGCAAUGGAUGGGCUGAUAAAUAUUCCAUUGAAUUACGAAGUAAAAUACAACACGAGUUUGACGACAACCCACUCUUAAAGAACCUUGGCGUUACCAUAUAUGGUAGUCUGUAUGACAGUCAGCAUGCAGCAAUGAAAGAAUCCUCUGGUGAAGAGACUGUACCAAACAGAUUAACCACAAAGCAUGAUUAUGCUACUGGUUUUUCAAGUGGCGCUGAAGCAACUGGGAGUGGAGCUGAUGAAUCUGCUAUCAAAAAAGAAAAGAAAAAGAAAAUAAAAGUCCAUCGUGAGAAAGCAGCAAAUGGAUUGCCUCUACAAGAACCUAAGCCAAAAACAAUGAUACCAUCAUCACUACUACAAGGGAAUAUGGCAGCACUGGGAGGGCCCAGUGGAUCUCCCUAUGGCUCACAGCAUGCGUUACUGAGAGCACAGCAACCAUCACCAUACAUGUAUAAACCAAGCACACCUAAAAGAGUCCUACCUCAUGAUAUACCCUCUCCAUUGCAUCCUAAUGCUAAGAGCAUUGGUGCACCUCCUAUCUCAUUGCUGGAUAAUCAAGCAUCAGCUACUCACUCGAUAACAAAGCUUAAAGCAGGAUUACAGAGUCAUUCAAACACAAGUAUUACUUCACUGCAUGAGCUGAGACCUGAUCUACAGCCACACAGAGGUGAUGCAUACAGGUCUCCACUCUCUCCCUCUCACCCUCCUCCCGUAAAAAAGCAACUCUCCAAUGCUGGCACCAUUGGGCUCCCUCAGUUGAACGACCCCUCAAACUCUCAUCUUCGUCUUACUGCUAAAUCCCCUCUUGUACCUGCGUAUACUCAUUCUUCUUAUUCUCAAAUACACUCAACCUCCGGUGCUGAGAUUGACCAUCAUACUCAUGGCAUGCUAAGCAGUGGUGUUCCAAGAGCCAGUUAUCAGCUUACACCUAGUGGAAGAAUGAGACAUCCACCUCACCAAGACCCAGGACCUCAGUCUGGGUUUUCUCUCUUACAUCAGAAACCAUCAAGUCCUCGUGUAUUGAGAACAUCAGAAACGAGUCAAUUGGCUCCUACUAAUUGAGUAUUUUUGUUAUUUGGAUAGCCUGUAUAUAUUACCAUAGUUUGAACUUUGUCCUGCUUUUCAUCAAACAAUAAUAAUAAUAGCGAUAAUAAUAAUUGUAACAUUUUUUGUAUUAUAAGAAUGAAUUAUUGAUUUUUCACA